GACAGUGUUGCCAGAUCUCCUGUGACCUUUACAAACAGCAGUAACCAGAGGUUGAACAGUUGAGUUAACAUCCAGAUCUCUUGUGUCUAAUUUAAAAUUUUGCUAAGAUGUCUCUAGCUCGUCAAAAUUAUCUGGAAGAAUGCGAGGCUGGAGUUAACAAGCACAUAAACACCGAGCUCAAUGCGAGUUAUAUUUACUCUUCGAUGGCCUUUCAUUUUGAGAGGGAUGAUGUUGCUCUGCCUGGAUUUUUCAAGUUUUUCAAGAAGCUUUCAGACAGAGGGCGAGAGCGUGCUGAAAAGUUCAUGAAAUAUCAGACCAAACGAGGUGGCAGAAUCAUCCUGCAGGAUGUCAAGAAACCUGAUCAUGAUGAAUGGGGUAGUGGACUGGACGCUAUGACCACAGCACUUAAGCUGGAAAAAAAUAUCAACCAGGCAUUGCUUGACCUACAUAAACUUGCUGAGACAAAAUAUGACACACAUCUUGAUGAAUUUGUUGAGGAAGAAUUCUUGGAAGAGCAGGUGGACUCCAUUAAGCUGAUUGCCAGUUACGUAACUCAGUUGACCAAAGCUGGACCAGGUCUUGGUGAAUAUUUGUUUGACAAGGAAACUUUACAAGAGAGCUCAUAAAAUUUGGCUUUGUCCAGUUUCCCACCUGGUCAACCCUAUGGUCACAUGGUUGCAGUGAGAUAAAAAAAAAAUUAUUUACAAAAAAGAUUGUAUAAUCUGGGUAAAUAAAUACCUUAUUUGGU